UCUGAGCUCGAGAUGGUUCAGCUAAGGCGGGCGAGGGGUCUGCUUGGAGCUCUGCUCUUGUGCAGUCUACGACUCGCACAAUCUCUGAGAUACGAUCCUAGUGAGACAGACUGGAACCUCAAUAUCAAUCAAGCUGCAACUAGUCCUCUGGAGUACUCGGGAACAUGGGAAGAUCAUACAUUUCAACCAUCCCCCGAAAAUUGGCGAUUCCCGUUUUAUACGCUAUUCCUCGAUCGAUUCGUCAAUGGUGACCCGUCUAACGAUGACAUUAACGGCACGCUGUUCGAACAAGAUAUCAUGGGCACUACAAUGCGCCAUGGAGGAGAUUUGGCAGGAUUGGUGGACACCCUGGAUUACAUUCAAGGCAUGGGCAUAAAGCCGGAACACCAUUCAUCAAUAUGCCAUGGAAGUCAGAUGCCUACUCUCCAAUUGACUUCACACUACUCGACCACCAUUUUGGCAACAUCGCGGAAUGGAGAGCGGCUAUCGAGGAGAUUCAUCGACGUGGAAUGUAUAUACUCCUCGAUAACACGUUCUCGACGUGAGUAUAGCAAUUUCAUCGAUACAAACAAAGCUUUGCUGACCAUCUNNAUGGCUGAUCUAAUCGGUUUCGAUGGGUACCUCAACGAGUCUACGCCUUUCGUCCCUGAAGAACAUGAAGUCGUCUGGAAGACCGAGCGACGAUACCCUGACUUUGCAUUUGGCAAUACGAAAACCUCGACAUGCGAGUUGCCUCGCUUCUGGGACGAGAGUGGUAGCCUGGUUCAGAAAGGAUCCGAUUCAGAUAAGUUCUCUGCAGCCUUCAAUGACUUGUCCUCGCUUGGAAGCUGCUUUGACAGCGAUUUUGACCAGUAUGGCGAUACAGAAGCCUUCGGUGUUUUCCCUGAUUGGCAGAGACAGCUUUCAAAGUUUGCAUCUGUGCAAGACAGAUUGCGCGAGUGGAAGCCCUCGGUCCUCGACAGACUCAAGCACCUACACUGUCUUACCAUUUCCAUGCUCGACAUCGAUGGUUUCCGUAUCGAUAAAUCCACACAAGCUACAGUCGAUGCGUUGGCAGAUUUCAGUCAGUCGAUUCGCGAGUGUGCUCGAAACAACGGCAAAGACAAUUUCCUGAUAGCUGGAGAGAUCACUGGAGGCAACAACUUUGGCUCAAUCUACCUGGGUCGAGGCCGAGAACCUGAUCAAAAGAUCAGUGACCUCGGAGACGCUGUCAAAACCAGUAAUGAAUCAGACGACAAGAUCUUCCUGCGCGCAGCGGGUAAGAAUGCUCUUGACGCUUCGGCUUUUCACUACAGCGUGUACCGCCAGUUACAGCGCUUCCUGGGUAUGGAUGGCAACCUGACAGUGGGAUACGACAUUCCGAUGAACUUCGUAGAUGGCUGGAAUAACAUGUUGUUAACCAACGACCUUGUCAAUCCGAACACUGGGAAAUUCGAUCCCAGACACCUCUAUGGCACAAGUAAUCAAGAUGUCUUCCGCUGGCCGACUAUCAAGAAUGGAACGCAGAAGAUGCUGCUUGGUCUGUUCAUGACCACUCUACAUAUGCCAGGCGUACCACUGCUCAACUGGGGUGAAGAGCAAGCACUUUACACGCUCGAUAAUACGGCUUCCAAUUACGUGUUUGGACGACAACCAAUCUCAUCAUCGCUUGCAUGGCAGACACAUGGUUGCUAUAAGCUUGGCUCAGACAUCUUUAAUGACUUCCCCAUCGAUGCAGGUGCCAAUGGCUGCAACGAUGAUGGAGUAUCUCAGGACCACAGAGAUCCUACACACCCCGUUCGCAACAUCAUAAAGUCAUUCUAUCAUCUGAGGACCAAGAAUCCAAUUCUCAAUGACGGAUGGCUCCUGCAGUCGCUUUCGAACCAGACACAUGAUGUCUACCUUCCCGGAUCAAAUGGUACUGCGACUGAACUUGGCAUGUGGAGUGUGAUGCGCAAUCAGUUUUUCAAUGGCGUGCAGAAUCUCACUGGCACGGCCGAUGCAAAACCAGCAGUCUGGCUUGUCUAUCAAAACGAGAACCAUACUGUUGACUAUACUUUUGAUUGUUCAUCCAACGAUACAGCCCUGAUUUCGGUGUUCGAUGAAGAAGAGGAAGUUCGAAACCUGCUCAGUCCAUACGACACCCUGACUCUCAAGCGGGGCCCCAAANAGCUCGGGAUCGAUGGCUCAGAGAAAUUCAAUGGCUGCCUCGACAAGCUUACCAUGGAACCAUGGGAUUUCAGAGUCUACGUUCGCAAAGCAGAUUGGAUCGAGCCCGCACCAAUGCUGACUAGAUUCAGCCCUGGUCACGAUGCGCGUAUCUUGUCUAAAGUCAACCCAGGUGAGAAAGAGUCCGUUGAUGUCGAGUUGCAAUUCUCCCAAGAAAUGGACUGUGACUCCAUCACAAAGAACAUCGUAGUCACCUCAACCACCGCGGAUAAAAGUAGUCCUGGAAUUGAUACAAAGAGUGUUGUCUGCAGCAAGAUACAGGAUCCCAACCCUCCACCUUACAUUGGUGCCAUCACUUCAGCAUGGAGCUGGAAGGCUACCCUGAUCGACGUAUCCAAUGGUGUGCACAGUUUGACCAUUCAGAAUGCCUCAACAACCGAUGGCAUAUCUACUGGAUCUACAGACCAUGUUUUCUUCCGUAUUGGUUCAGCCGAAAAUCCUAUCGUCUUCCCUCGUACUGCAAACUACAGCAGCAACGUACUCUCCAAGGGCUCUAAUGGAGAUCUGCUUGUGUCGCAUCAAGCCGCCGGGGCUAAUAAAUGGCGCUACUCGACCAACUGGGGAUCUACCUGGAGCGAUUGGCAAAACUACGAUGGCACUAACUCAACCGUGAAGAAACAACCUUGGUCUGGUACGAAGCGUCAAAAGUGGACAGGGGACCAUAUCGUACUUCAAUACUGGAAUCGUGCAAUUGGAAGCAGUACUCACCUUCAGCACGCUGAUAUCGACCAAAAACAAGCGCCUCGACGAUUCCCUCACCUCUUUGCGAACGGCGAAUUCAAUCAAUUUGGAUUCGAUGGCGGCUUAAGGAACGCUUUCAAAAUGGUUGACGAUGCGUGGGACUUCCAUCUCAUGACCGAAUGGCCUCACAAAGUUCAGGUCAACGUUUGGGGCAUGAAUCCUGAUGGUCAACCGGACCAGUCUUUCAUCUAUGGCGACAUCGAUAACGAUACUGUUCUCGACCGCCUACCGCCUGACGCUCUAAGUCCUGCUCUCAUCAACAUGACUGAUCUUCCUCCCAGCCCCUACCUGGCCUACAAGAUCAGUAUCGACGAUGCCAGCUACAAGUACAAGCUCAUACCUGCUGGCAGUCGAUUCAUCCAGGUCCUCGUUUUCGCUCUUCUCUGGUCUCUCCCCGUCUUGACUGGCGCCAUCAGUAUCUGGACGUACAUGGGCGCUUUCUACGGAGUCAAAUUCAACAAGAUUGGACUUCCUAUGCCUAAAGGCAUGCCAUCGUUCUGGAAGCGUCACAAGUUCAGCAAGUUGGCGGAUGACGAUGUGGAAGAAGUCGGUCAUCGUAUGAGGCCAUUGUUCUUGAGCAAGUCACACCAACGAUACGACUCUGGUGCGUCAGGCAUCACCAUAGCUGCUGCUAAGGACAAGAGACGUAAAGUCAUCAUUGCCACGAUGGAGUACGACAUUGAGGACUGGAGUAUCAAAGUCAAGAUUGGAGGAUUAGGGGUUGCCGAGCCUAUGGUUGUGACAAUCCUUGGAAACCCAUACGAGAUUCAAGUACAAUACCAUCAACUGAACAACAUCACUUACGUCCUAUUGGAUGCACCUGUAUUCAGGAAACAGACCAAAACAGAACCAUAUCCACCGCGCAUGGAUGAUCUGGAUUCUGCCAUUUACUACAGUGCUUGGAACGCUUGUAUUGCUGAAGCGAUCAAGAGAUUUGAGCCAGAUAUCUACCACAUCAACGGACUAUGGCCCAUGAGAACAGAGAAGGAGUCAGACGAAGUAUCGCGUGUCUACAACCUGGAUAAAGAAACCAUCCAAAAAUAUGUGCAAUUCGGCGAAGUGUUCAAUCUACUACACGCCGGCGUGAGCUAUUUGAGAGUUCACCAAAAGGGCUUCGGCGCUGUUGGUGUAUCUAACAAAUAUGCAAUUUUCUGGGGUCUCAAAGAGAUUGGCAAGUUGCCGAAUCCUGAUCCAUCCGAUACAGCUCCCUGGAGUCGUGAGGAGGAAGCAAACCAGGUCAUCAAAGUGGACCCAGCAUACGAAGCCUCGCGAGGCGAACUGCGCAAACAAGCUCAAGAAUGGGCUGGCCUCGAAGUUGAUCCUACUGCUCAACUCUUUGUGUUCGUUGGCCGAUGGAGCAACCAAAAGGGUGUUGACUUGAUUGCCGACGUCUUCCCAGCCAUCCUUGAGAAGCACAAGAAUGUUCAGCUUAUCUGCGUUGGACCUGUGAUCUUUGCAGCGCUCAAGCUGGGUGUCAUGAUGAAGAAAUAUCCGAAGCGCGUCUACUCAAAACCAGAAUUCACUGCUUUGCCUCCACCCUUCGGUUUAGUUGCAGUCGAAUUCGGUCGUAAGGGUGCCCUUGGUGUUGGUGCGAGGAUGCCUGGAUGGUGGUUCACCGUGGAGUCAACAACCACAGCCCACUUGAUGCACCAGUUCAAGUCUGCUAUCGAAGAUGCUCUGGCGGCAACCACAGAAACCAAAGCUAUGAUGAGAGCGAGAUCAGCCGUGCAAAGAUUCCCUGUUCAGAAGUGGGUCGAGGACCUUGACAAACUCCAAAGCACAGCCAUUCGCAUCCAUCAGCGAGAAGCAAACUACGGACUACAGCCAGCGAGAAGGCCCGUCUCGAACUUCGGCAACGAUUCGAACAUCUCUCUAGCUCGGUCCAGAGACGCCAGUCCAAGUGCUGGUUCGGUCUACGAAACUAGACCGCGCACAAGUCCUUCGCCAUCCAAUCUGAAUCGCACUCUGUCUCUAGGCUCGAGAGCAGGACCUGGUCAUCAUGGCAGAACUCCUCGCGUACAGGUCACCGAUGCCUAUAUCCCUGAAGACGACGAUGAUCCGUUCGGCAGCGAUUACAGCGAAGACAUGGAAGAAGAGACAAUCACUCGUGAGGAGGCUGACACAUUCACGAGGGAAUCAGACAGAGCAGAUGCUUUAGAGCAACUUGAGGGUAAAGGAGUGGAAACGAUCAGAAGGGCAAGCGCUGAUAGCCUUCUCCCGACCGCUGAACCACGAGACCGCUCAUCUUCUCGCUUGAGCAAUUCCUCGAGGCUGAGCACAUCCUCGCAACUCGACUUGACGACUGUCAUUGGUGACAAGAGAGACUACAGCUUACAGCAAAUCGAGCUCAAUUUUGACGAUAAGACUGGCGAAUACUACCGUGCCUUCGAGGCAAUGCUGGAAAAGCUCAAUGGCAAGACGUCCGAAAAAUAUCUCUGUAUAGAAGAGUAUCUUGUAGAGAGCGAANAAACCUGGUUCAAGAAGUACCGCGAUGCUAAAUUGGGUAGAUCACGCGACCGAAGUUCGACUGGCAAACACCAUGGCAAUAGACUGAGUGUAUCGCACGUCUCCAGGGCGUCUUCAGUCGACGCUGACGAACGCAUGAGUGUUGGCGAAGGCUCAAUGGAAGACUUCCUGCUUGGCGACAACUACCAGCGACCUUCACUCGUCAAACGCUGGAUGCUUACCCGACUUGGUGAUUGGCCUCUGUAUUCGUUCUUGCUCGCUCUUGGACAGAUCAUGGCCGCGAACAGCUACCAAAUCACAUUACUGACUGGUGGAGAGGAUCCAAAGCCAUCGAUGAUCUACACAAUCGGCGGAAUCUACAUUGCAGCUUCUGUUGUCUGGUGGCUUCUCUUCCGGUCGAUGAAGGCUCGAUUUGUUCUUUCUGUGCCUUUUGUCAUGUACGGGAUAGCGUUCCUCUUCGUCGGGAUGGCACCAUUCCUUCCUAAGGGCGCUGGUAGGAACUGGAUGCGUAAUGUGGCAGACGGUGUUUAUGCAGCUGCUUCGGCUAGUGGAAGUCUUUACUUCACGCUCAACUUUGGUGAUGAGGCAUGUAUCAUCCAGGGCACUCAACAACUGUAUAUCACGGGCCUGUUCUACUGGGGACGCACAAUCAUGGAAGCCACGCCAAAACAAAAAAUUGAGAAGAAUACGCUCUCAUCUUCGCCCAUCAUGGCUGCUAUCACACUCCCGAUUGCAGCUCUCUUGUGGCUGGUCGCGCUUACCUUAUUCACUAGCUUACCGGCCUACUACCACCAGCGGCCUGGAAAGAUCCCAAGCUUCUACAAGACUCUUGCUCGUCGCAAGCUCAUAUCUUGGUUCUUUGUCGCAGUCAUUUUGCAAAAUUACUUCCUCUCUUCACAAUAUGGAAGGUCCUGGCAGUACCUCUGGAUUUCGAAAUAUGCUCCUGUUUGGGUAGUUGCAAUCUUGGUUCUUGUCUUUNUCAUCGUCGUCUGGUCUUUGAUGCUGUAUGUCUUCAGUAGACUCAGCAAGAGCCAUAGCUGGAUCUUGCCAAUUUUCGCAAUCGGCCUGCUAGCUCCUCGCUGGGCGCAACAAUGGUGGGGUACUUCUGGCUUUGGACUCUGGCUUCCUUGGAUGCCAGGUGGUGCCGAAGGAGGUGCUAUUGCUGGCAGAGCUCUCUGGCUCUGGUUAGGUGUCUUGGAUGCUGUGCAAGGUGUCGGCUUUGGCAUGAUGCUGUUGCAGACUCUUACACGUAUUCAUAUUGGUGUGACGCUGAUCUCAGCACAGGUGCUAGGUACGGCUGUCACGCUUAUUGCGAAGGCGACCGCACCGAACAGAGAUGGCCCUGGAGACGUGUUCCCUGAUCUUAGCGCUGGAGUGAUAAAUGCGAUCAGUAAGCCUUGGUUCUGGAUUGCUUUGGCUUGUCAGCUUGUCAUUCCGAUUGGCUUCUUCAAGUUCUUCAGGAAGGAACAGCUCUCUAAGCCUUGA